GCCCGGAUAGCAGACCAACUGGAGAAGCUCGUUUCGAACCCUCCAAUCCCAAAUCUGCCCUCCCAACCCGCAGAGCUCGCCGCCGGCCACAGCUCCGGCGAUCCCCCCCCCUCCCUCCUCGCUUCCUUCCACCCCAAACCCCACGCCAGCCCAACACUGCCCAACCAUGUCGCGCAAGAACUUCCGCAAGCGGACCAUCGAGCCGGACGCCGACGACCGCUCCGACGACGAGGACACCCGCCGCAUCGCCCUGGAGGAGAUCAAGUUCAUGCAGAAGCUGCGGGAGAGGAAGCUGGGCAUCCCCGCCGACCCCGCCGCCGCCUCCACCAACGGGUCCUCCGCCCGCGGACGGGUGGGUGGCGGGGGAGCGGCCGUCGGCGAGGCCGAGAAGGAGGACCUCGUCCUCCAGGACACCUUCGCGCAGGAGACCGCCGUCACCAUCGAGGAUCCCAACAUGUUAAGGUAUGUGGAGACCGAGCUGGCGAAGAAGAGGGGUAAGAUGGUUGAUGUGGGACAAAAGGAGGAGAUGGACCAUGUGGACGAGCUCUACACCGUGCCAGACCACCUCAAGGUGAAGAAGAAGAACUCGGAGGAGAGCUCGACACAGUGGACCACUGGCAUUGCUGAAGUUCAGCUGCCUAUUGAGUACAAAUUAAGAAACAUUGAAGAAACUGAGGCAGCUAAAAAGAUGCUGCAAGAGAAAAGGCUUGCUGGUAAACCAAAAUCAGAUGCAAAUAUUCCAUCAAGUUACAGUGCUGAUUAUUUCCAUCGCGGCAAAGAAUAUGACGAGAAAUUGCGAAGAGAGAAUACUGGGCUGUACAAAGAUAAAGAUUCUCGGCCUAAUGAAAGUGCAGGAGGCAAAGUAACAGAUAGUAAAAAUCCAGAUGGUGCCGCUGCAGGACGGAGAGAAGCUGCUAGUGAUCAGUUCAUGCUCGAGCGUUUCCGCAAGCGAGAAAAAUUCCGUGUCAUGCGAAGGUAGCCAGAGCUGACUGGCUGCUAGACUGCUGCCAUUGGCCCGUUGCCUUCGAAGCUCAAACAUGUUGUGUUCACAUGGAGGCCUCAAUAUAUCCUGUCCUUUUUAGUGAGAAUUUUGCUGUAGAGUUGCAUCCUUGGUUGUUGACUCAGCUUUUACAGCUGCUAAGGGCAAGGAGCAGAGUAAACCCUUACUACAGAGGUGAUUUGGGGUAAUAGAUUUGAGGGGAAGGUUAUCACA